AUGGAGGAGGAUGAGGUAGCGAUCCCGUGUCCUGGCAGCUGGUCAGACAGCGAUGAUGAGGUUGAGGUGGGAGUCAAUGGCACCGCCACCUCCGGAGGAUAUGCUCCAAGCCAGGCUUUGGCUCUUCUAGCCACCGCGCCCGGACAUGAUCAUCGGCAGCGGAAUUUGGCAGGAUCGCCCAACGCUGGCGAGCUUUCCAAGUUCGCGGAGCUUCCCCCAGCAGGGCCAGCAGAGGUCUUGGAUUGCAGGGACCUCGAUGAGGAAGAAUCUGCGAGGGUCGAUGAAGACAGUAGACUAUAG